AUGGAAAUGCCCAAAAAUAUAUUUAGAACAAGUCGCUUUAAAGAAUUUGCAGUUUCAUUUCACAUCAGUUAUAAUGAUAUAAAAUUAUAAGAUUUGAUUUUGAAUAGUUGUGAUUAAUACGUAGCAUAUUCUCAUAAUAAAGUGAAUGAUUAUUUGAAAGUAUAUUAAAAUUUAAUAAUGGAUAAAUAAUAAGGUUGUUUAUAUGAGCGUUUUGGUGGCGAUUAAUAAGUUUCCGAGCUGAUUGAUUAAUUUUACUACAAGGUGUUGUUUGAUAAGUUGUUAAGAGACAAGUUUCUGAAGGCAGAUAUGAGUAGAGUCAGAUAUCAAUAAAAGCGAUUCUUCUCAUAAAUGAUGGGAGACAAGAAAACUCAAUAUACUGGAAGGUAGGAUAUAAAAUGUGAUGUUUAUAGAGAUUUAAUUGAGGUGCAUCGAAAUCUAAAUAUCUCAGAUUAGCAAUUUGACAAAUUUAAGAUUCAUUUAAAAAGCAUAGCUCAAGAUAUGGAAGUGAGUGUGGAGGAUAUCGAAGAGUUGUUGGAGCAUGUGGAGAGACAUAGAAAUGUUAUUGUAUUUAAUAAAUGA